AUGGAUAAAACUUGCAAGCAUUUCAAACUCAAUGUGAUCGCUUUCGAGAGAGGAAAGAAAUCCAACGACAGAAAACCAAGGAAGAAGGCUCAUAAAUCUAAGAGAACAAAAACCAGAGCACACUCUGCUAACAAGAAGGACCAGAUAAAGAUCAGGAGCGAGCCUUUCACACAAGGCGCUAUUGAGCUGGAUGUUCAGACAGUAUGCAACUAUGACGGAAUCAUUAUCAAGGUUAGGACCGUGAUUCUCGGUCAAAAUGUUGAUUUGAGAAUCGAUGACGAUGACAAUUUCGGUAGUAACUAUACGGUUACCACCUGCAUAGCACGAGAUCGCAACGACCGUGAAAGUCUCACUAUCAUCGAGGAC